UCAUUUUGUUAUUCACUGAAAUGCGGCCAUUGUGAGGUUAUUUGCACAUAAGUAAAGUGAAUCCGGGUUUCAAAAUGUUCUCCCUUUUCAUUGCAUUAUACGUCGUGAACAGCUGGCUGCUAGCUGUGUCUUGAAGAAAGUAGUUAUGAAAUUUGUCGCUGAAAUUGCCCUCUUGACACUACACCAGCGCCAUUCCAGAAAUUUCAUUAAAGAACCGGAGCUUCAUGAUAAACACACUGAUAUUUGUUUGUACUGCAUUGUGAGGUGGUGAUUGUUAUUUCAGCAAGGUCUUUAACUCGCUUUUGGAUCUGCUUUGCAGUAGCCUACACAGUUUUCCCGGAAGAACAGGAAUUAUGUUCAACUGCGAAUCGAUGAAUUGCUGCUGGAUUGUACAUGCAUUAAUCACGUAAUGAAUCAUCCACGAACUCUCAAUUUGGCAUUCCAAGGGAAGAAUAAUAUUGUUUCUGAUCUUAUUCAGAUAUUUUUUAGCUUUCAGGAAAUAUCGCCAAAAUAAUCUUAUUUUACUAUCACUGUAAAAGAUAAGAUAACACCUCUUGCUACUGCACUAGAAGAAAACAAAUUGAAAUAAUCCAAAUAUUACCGGGAUUUAUCGACUAUUUCUGAGACAGUUAUGAUAACUUCCAGAAACUAAAAGUUUUUUCCACAUUACUUGUAAAUCUAUCGGAGAUUGAUGUGGUCAAUAAUCUUCGUACUGUGAAAAUGGAACGAACAGAAUUACAGUAAAAUCUGGGUCUAAAGAGACUCAUCAAAUCCUAGACUAAAGUGUUGUGGAAACGAUAUCCAAAAAUAUCCAGAGCUAACCAAACCUAUAGGGCUAUCUGUUUUCAGGACAAUACUAAUGGAGAUCGUUUUAUAGUUUAAUGCACUUUAUGUGGUUCAAAUAUUGCGCAGAAUUUAUGAUGAAUCACCUGGUGGAGCUACAUCAUACGGCCUUGGAGGAGCUACAUCGUACACGUGGUGGAAUUAUAUCGGAAUCGUAACUGCUCGCUACUAAAAGGUAGAGCCACGAGAUAUAUUCUAUAUGUAUUAAUUUACAUGAUGAUAAAAAUGGAUUACAUCUAAAUGGAUAAUAGUGGAUUUGAUAUACAGCUCUGAUCAUAGAGCAUUGACCGGUGAACAACACUUCCACAGAGGAGAAAUGUAUCAACGGAACACAAACAGGAUCUCACUAAUUUUGAUGUUAAUGGAUUCUUUAUCAUAUACUGAUUAGUUUUGGCCAGAGUUCCGUUGUGAUGGAGUUCCAUACUACUAGGGACCUAUUUCGAAUUGACCCACAGACUGAAGACAUACUACCCGAAGAUGGUGGUACACUUAAUUUGUCGUUUGGGCAAAGGCCAUUACCCAGCUUCACUCACCCGGAUUUCACUCAAAAUCCUUGCGGUGAUGGCUUAUGUUUCUUUAAUGGAACUAAUGGUACGAACAAUGGAAGUUUGAAUACAGGAGACAUUGACGGCACCCUCAACUGGUGGGCUCUUGCACCAGCUCCAUUUGUAAUUUUUGGAAUUACAGGAAAUCUUCUCGUUUGUCUUGCCAUUGCUAAGGAACGGAGACUUCAAACUGUCACCAAUUACUUUCUGUUCUCCUUAGCUGUCACUGAUUUAUUAGUUUCUCUUAUCGUAAUGCCAUUUAGCAUUUUACAUGAAUUCAGAGGAUACUGGAGUCUCAGUUUAGGAUUGUGCAAUUUUUAUGUGACAUCUGACGUGAUGAUGUGUACGGCAUCAAUUAUGCAUCUCUGUACGAUAUCAGUUGACCGAUAUAUCGGAAUACGUUAUCCAUUGAAGACGAGAAACAAAUCAAAGGUUACUGUAGCGGUAAAGCUACUAAUCGUAUGGUCACUGUCGUUAGUUGUGAGCAGUCCAAUUACAGUACUCGGCAUUGUAGAUGAACAUAAUUUAAUUAUAGAAAGACGAUGUCUAGUUAACAAUGACUAUUUUAUAAUAUACGGUUCUAUCAUAGCAUUCUUUAUCCCGCUUGUCAUUAUGGUUGUAACCAAUGUACUGACGAUGCAGUUACUAAAUGAACAGGCACGGUUGUGCAAUCAGAAAAAAGAUGAAGGCCGCCCUAUGAUUAGAAGAGUUCAAGGAAGCAAGCGAAAAAGUAAAAAUCCAAUUGUAGAUAAACGUUUCCAAACGCCCAAAUCCAAUACAACGAGUAACACGACCAAAACGGUGCCUUCUACAAGAAAGUGGGCAAUGGAUAGCAACGAAAACCGCAAGCUUCUAGCUAAAAAUGAGAGUACAGCUGCGCCUAAAGUAGACAAAGGACCAUCAGAAGUACAAAGUCAGGGAGAUACAAGUGGCUUUAGUGCUAAUUCAUCUCCUGCGAGUCCAAGACAUUCGAAAUUUCGCUAUCUAAUUGCAAAACAUAACAUAACCUCUAAAGCUUUAUUAAGAAGAGACAACGCGAAAGAGAAUGCUGUGCAAACGGAACGGAAGGCUACUAAAGUGUUAGCUGUUGUGUUCACCAUUUUUGUUGUUAGCUGGGCUCCUUUUUUCACCACUAAUGUUAUGACUGUACUUUGUAAAUGGUGCCACGUAGACCAGUUCCUUUUUGUGGCUUUUGUAUGGUUAGGUUAUAUAUCGAGUACUCUGAAUCCAAUCAUAUAUACUAUUUUCAAUAGAACUUUUAAAGCAACGUUUAUCAAACUCAUGGUUUGUGAUUACAGUUCGUUUGGACGAUUGAAUCGCACACAAAGUCUUAAAGGUAUUGAGUCAAGUACAUACUACCAUGGGUUUAGUUCAUCAGAGAGAAAUAACGAAUCAACACUCUGCUGACAAUAAAUUGUAAAGGAACAAUAUCUCUCACCGAAACUCCUCAAGGAAUCUUAAAGCCGAAAUGUAAAUUAAAAAAUAUAUAUAUAAUACGGCGAGAAAAUAGGAGAGGAUUGAAAACUGUUAAAUAUAAUUUGAAAAUCAAAAUGAAAUCUUCCAAGAAAAAAAAAACUCAUUUGAUAAAAUUAUCUAUUUAGAUUCAUGCAGGUCUCACAAGUCGAUUUAUUUGACUCAUCUUUUGAAAGUUGAAUUUCGAAUGAGCAUGAUUCCAUUUUCCAUUGAUCAAACGUAACUUAUGAAACCACGUCAAAUUACCAAUAAAUAUUGUCUAUAAGUUUUAAACAAUGUACAUAUACGGCGUAAUAUUGUUGAUAUGAAAUAAAUGUAGGCGAUAUUUUAGUUAACAAUUAUGAUGCAAGAAUCCAAAUUAUCGAAAAGAACGAUAAAAACACGUACAUACAUAAAUAAAUUUAUACAAAUAUAAAUACAUCUGUAUACCGAAAAAUAUGUACACGUGUAAACAUAUGAACUAUAAUUCGCACGUAUUUACAUACAAACAAACGUAUUUACAUAAAAACAAAGACAAUUGUAAAGAAGACAUCAUUGUACUCACUUAUGUGCGAAUCAUCACGUGAUAGAAUUGUUAGUUUACCAUGUCAAAACUGCAAUACAAGUCGCGCUACAAUUGGAAGGAGAAUACAGCACCAAAAUGAAAUUUAAAUUAUGUAGGAA